AUGGCGGCAGGCAAGGCGGCGAGCGUGUUCCGUGGCUUCCCGGUGGCUGGUGGAGGCGAGAGUAGCGAGAGCGAGGAUGACGGCUGGGAAAUUGGGUAUCGCGACCGGGCAUCUCAGAAAUUAAAAGGACCGGUUCCCACGGAAGACAAGAAUGAAACAUUUAAGAAAGCAUUGACCACAGGAGAUAUUUCAUUGGUCCAAGAGCUCCUAAAUUCUGGCAUUAGUGUAGAUUCUAGCUUUCAGUAUGGAUGGACUCCCCUUAUGUAUGCUGCUAGUGUUUCCAAUGUAGAGCUGGUUCGGGUCCUUUUGGACAGAGGCGCUAAUGCAAGCUUUGAUAAAGAUAAGCAAACUAUUUUGAUAACCGCAUGUUCUGCUCGUGGCUCAGAGGAACAAAUCUUGAAGUGUGUAGAACUGCUACUUUCAAGAAACGCUGACCCAAAUGUUGCUUGUAGGAGACUUAUGACUCCAAUCAUGUAUGCUGCACGAGAUGGUCACCCUCAGGUUGUUGCUCUCCUUGUUGCUCAUGGAGCAGAAGUUAAUACCCAGGAUGAAAAUGGUUAUACUGCUUUAACAUGGGCAGCACGUCAGGGUCACAAAAAUGUAGUUUUGAAGUUGCUUGAACUUGGAGCAAAUAAAAUGCUACAAACCAAACAUGGCAAUACACCAAGCGAGAUUGCAAAAAGAAAUAAACAUCUAGAGAUCUUCAGCUUUCUUUCUUUGACUUUAAAUCCAUUGAAAGGAAAGCUUCAACAGCUAACUAAAGAAGAGACUAUUUGUAAACUAUUGACAACGGAUUCUGAUAAAGAAAAAGAUAGCAUAUUUAGUUCAUAUACAGCAUUUGGAGACCUGGAAGUAUUUUUACAUGGUCUUGGACUUGAACAUAUGACAGAUUUAUUAAAGGAAAGGGAUAUAACUUUAAGACAUCUUUUGACCAUGAGGAAAGAUGAGUUUACAAAGAAUGGAAUUACCAGUAGAGAUCAACAGAAAAUUCUGGCUGCUCUUAAAGAACUAGAAGUAGAAGAGAUAAAAUUUGGAGAAUUACCUGAAAUAGCAAAGUUGGAAAUCAGUGGUGAUGAGUUCCUCAACUUUCUUCUGAAAUUAAACAAACAAUGUGGCCAUUUAAUAACAGCUGUACAGAAUAUCAUUACUGAGUUGCCUGUAAAUUCUCACAAGAUAGUACUUGAAUGGGCUUCUCCUCGGAAUUUUACUUCAGUUUGUGAAGAACUGGUUAGCAAUGUUGAAGAUUUGAGUGAAGAGGUCUGCAAACUAAAAGACUUAAUUCAGAAGUUGCAAAACGAAAGAGAAAAUGAUCCAACUCAUAUACCAUUAAUAGAAGAAGUACCUACAUGGAAUAAUAGAAUUUUGAAGAGGACGGCUAUUACAGUAUGCGGAUUUGGAUUUCUUCUUUUCAUUUGCAAGCUAACUUUCCAAAGAAAAUAAUUCUAAUAUUUAUUUGAGUAUUGUAUGUAUAUUUUAUUUAAAUAAUCUUAAAUGUUACUUUUAACCAUUUGUGGCUCAAUAAAAUUACAUUCUUUGCCAAUAUUCCACAGGAAAAAUUAUGAUAGCAUUGAGCAGGGGGUUUUUCUUUAGGAAAGUGGUUUGUCACUUUGAGUUAAAAUGUAAUUUGUUAUAUUUUAUGAUAAUUUUGAUCAAGCAGUAAGUUAUGAUUCUUAAGUUUGAUCCUAUGACU